ACUUCUUCCUCCCAGUAUCCGUCCCUUUUCUUCUCCCACACUCGUUCAGACUUCAAUUGCACCUCGCAAAGGAACACCACAUACUUCAAGAUGGCGACCGACGGCUCCGACCCAAUCCCUCCCCACAAGACGUUCGACACCAUCCUCGUCCUCGACUUCGGCUCCCAGUACACACAUUUGAUUACACGACGACUUCGCGAGCUCAAUGUCUACUCUGAGAUGCUUCCAUGCACGACGAAGCUGGCCGACCUCCCAUUUACCCCAAAGGGUAUCAUUCUCUCCGGUGGCCCAUACUCCGUCUACUGGGAUGAUGCACCGCACGUCGACCACGCCGUCUUCGACCUCGGCGUACCGAUCCUAGGUAUAUGCUAUGGGCUGCAAGAGAUGGCAUGGCACUUCGGAAAGAAUGCUGGCGUGGCUGCGGGUGACAAGAGAGAAUACGGACAUGCGAAGUUGAACGUGGAGAGCCAUGGUGGACAUGUCGACCAGCUGUUCAAGGACCUAGGGAACGAUCUGGAGGUCUGGAUGAGUCAUGGCGACAAGUUGAGCCACAUGCCCCAGGACUUCAUCACCGUUGCAACCACCCCAAAUGCGCCGUUUGCGGGUAUCGCGCACAAGACGAGCAAGUACUACGGCAUCCAGUUCCACCCGGAGGUCACGCAUACAAAGAAAGGAAAGGUCCUUCUGAAGAACUUUGCGGUCGAUAUCUGUCAAGCGCAGACAGAUUGGACCAUGGGCAAAUUUGUUGACCAGGAGAUUACGCGCAUCCGAAAGUUAGUUGGAGACAAGGGACAAGUCAUUGGGGCUGUCAGCGGAGGUGUUGAUUCCACUGUUGCCGCGAAGCUGAUGAAAGAGGCCAUUGGCGACCGCUUCCAUGCUGUCAUGGUUGACAACGGUGUCCUGCGGUUGAAUGAGGCUGUCCAGGUCAAGGAGACACUUGAAAGGGGCCUAGGUAUCAAUCUGACGGUCAUCGACGCAUCAGAGCUCUUCCUUGGCCGUCUAAAAGGCAUCACCGACAACCCCGAGCAAAAGCGCAAAGUCAUUGGCAACACCUUCAUCGAGGUCUUCCAGGAGCAGGCCAAGAAGAUCGCCGCCGAGGCUCACAACUCCUCUAAUGCUGGCGAGAUCGAAUGGCUUCUCCAAGGCACCCUCUACCCUGAUGUCAUCGAGUCUCUCUCUUUCAAGGGCCCCUCCCAGACUAUUAAAACCCACCACAAUGUCGGCGGCCUCCCAGCAAAUAUGAACCUCAAACUCAUCGAGCCCCUGCGCGAGCUCUUCAAGGACGAAGUCCGUGAACUCGGCAAGGAACUCGGUAUCCCCGAAGAACUCGUCUGGCGACACCCCUUCCCUGGCCCAGGCAUUGCUAUCCGUAUCCUUGGCGAGGUGACUCCCGAGCAAGUCCGCAUUGCGCGCGAAGCAGACAAUAUCUUCAUCGAGGAGAUCAAGGCUGCGGGGCUGUAUAGGAACAUCAGCCAGGCAUUUGCUGCGCUGUUGCCCGUCAAGGCAGUGGGCGUCAUGGGAGAUAAGCGUGUACAUGAUCAGGUCAUUGCUCUGAGGGCAGUGGAGACGAGUGACUUUAUGACGGCAGACUGGUAUCCGUUCGACGGAGAGUUCUUGAAGAGAGUUAGCAGGAGGAUUGUGAAUGAGGUCAACGGAGUUUGCAGGGUCGUAUACGAUAUCACCAGCAAGCCUCCUGGCACUAUUGAGAUGGAGUAAAUUACGCUUCGAGGCGCGCCUCGGCGACUUGGCACAGGGGGCAUGGCAUACAAAACUGGUAGAUUUGGCUUAUACGAUACUUGGCUUCCAGAUGAAUAGACGAUAGACACUUUGAUGAUACCCUGCAAUGACUACAAUACAGUAGCUAUAUACCAAUAGAAAAAGAUUCUAUAACG